UUGUUACCGGGUCAUUUAUUGAAUAUAUUUGUGUUACUACCUCAAGUAACUUAGAAGACUCAUCAUUUUUGGAAGUCAUGGUUGGUUAUAAACCUCAAUUACCAGAAGAAUUAAACUGUGUGUCAAUUGAUAGGAAUAAUUUACAUUGCACAUGGAAAGUACCUAAAAACAAUAUUGAUAACUCAGUUGAAUCAUACUGGACAGUAACCUUUACAGAUGGGACUUUUGCAUACAGACCCUGCCCUGAAAAUCUUUCAACAAAAUAUGGGGGACACUACUUCAUCACAGGAUGCAAUUUACAUUCAGUUGAUGAUCAGAAUGUUAACGUACAUUUUUGGGACAAAUUUAAUCCAUCAUCAAAUUAUACCAUGAAUAUAACACUGAAAAAUAAAAUUGGAGUGGCUAGUCGUAUCUACAACAUAACAAUCCCUAGAAUAGUGAAACUAUCUUAUCCUUUUGUAUCAAUUAAACCAUCUAUCAACGCACUAGAACUACUUCUGAAUCUACCUGAGGAUUAUACUAGUAAUUACAUUCCAGAGAUUGAUGAUAUCGUUAUUUACAGAAUAACAUACCGAGCUUCAUGGAAAAGCAGUCGAAGAACGAUAACAUUUACUAGUAGGAAUACAAGUGUAUCUACAACAUUACGGGAUUGUAUUCCUUUCACUAACUACGAAAUACAAAUAACAACAAGACCAGAAAGUUCUUUAUAUUGGAGUGACGUCUUAACCAAACAAAUUCGAACCAAUCCUGAUGUCCCCUACUGGGCGCCUGAAACAUCGCCAGGUCUGUACUAUGUUCAUAAGCAGACUGGACUUACUGUUUUUCACAAGCCAUUAAAGGAAAUAUAUUGGAAUGCAGAGGACUGUGGCGUUCAUGUGGUCAUCUCAGAUGAAUUGAGCAAUACAAUAUGGACGGGAAACUUCUCCUCUGAGGAAUCAUCUUUAACGAUACCCAUUGAUAUAUCUGAUUCUAACUAUACUGCUACACUAACAUAUAUUAAUAAUGCUGGGCCUUCUGAAAAUGCGUCAAUUCUUUUAAUAAACGAAAAAGAAAAUGGAUUAUUUGUGAUGGUUGAAGAAAUUAAAACAAAUGGUUACUGGAUCACUUGGGAGAUGGAUGACGUCACACCUAUAACGUCCGUGACAAUAAUGUGGUGUACACAGAAAACUCAAAAUCCAAAAACGUGUGAGGAUGACAUUGAGUGGAGAGAUUUCCAGAGGCCUGGGAAUGGUGUACAUCUAACAGACAUAGCACACAACAAAUAUUUGAUAUUUGGGGUCUCUGUGCAAUUCGAAAAUUUGACCUCAUCUGGACUAACAUUUGCAACAUGUUAUUAUCGAUUGCUUUAUUCUCAGCGUGAUUUCAAAUUAGCUUUUAGUGCCAGACAUUUGCAGAGGAACGGUCACCAACAACUGCUAGUUGACCUUGUAUCAUCUGUGUGUCAAUAUCAGAGCAGACCAAUAACUUACCAAGUCUUUUAUAAUAAACAUAGAAAUGUGAACAUAAGUUGUCCAAAUGAUUUUUCAUUGAACAGAACAGAAAAUGUCACACACAAUGUAAAAGAUAUAUCGUUAACAAAUAUAAGUCCUGAAGGGCAAUAUGAUAUUUGUCUGGCAGUAACUCUAGCAAACAACAACACGGUGUAUAGCGAAAUUCAAACCGUCGGAUUUCAAGAGAGUGAUAUUAUUGCUGACGAUGAAACAAUUACAGUUGCCAUUCUUGUGUCCAUCUUAGCAGUGUUUAUAAUAAUAAUCAUGGCGUACUGUAUUAAGCGAAAAUGUACUUUUGAAAAACCUGACAUCAAGAUGCCGGACAUAGAAUCAUAUGUGCCCCUAUCCUCAGAGGAUACUAAUCCAGGAUAUAAUAAUGGACUUUCAGAUGAAGAAAAGGAAAUACGUGAAAUGGGUGACAGUGGUACUCAUAGUUCCCCGGAAUCCGUUUCUUCUGAAGAACAAGGACCGGAAGUUGAUAGAGAUAGUGUCAGCAGUAGUGGCAUUGGGUCAACAAAAUGUGAAUCCGAUGUCUUCUCAGCGCCUACUACACCGACUGACUCCGACAAACAAACACUUAUAUUCAAGAUGAUGUUAAAGAAACCCAAGCAAACACACUCGGAACUCACAACGUGCAAUGUGUCAAUAAUGCCAGGAGAAGAAAAGACGAAAGUAAAUCACACCUCAGAAUUACCUCAUAUUUCUAGUAGCUGUUCGAGUCCUAUUGACAGUUAUAGUAGAGUGGAGCAGGAAGGUAGCGGUGCAUUAUAUGAUAUGAUUGAUGAUGACUCGGGGGAUAUCUCAGGAGGGUAUAGACAUGUGAUGUGUUCUAAUUACACUUCAACUUGUGCUUCUGAUUGUGAAAAUCUAGACACAUGUCCUCCUACUCCAGAACUUGAGAGACAAAGUAAUUCCUGUGAUAGUGACGCGAUUGUAGAUACUUCUCGAACACUUUCAAUAGGAAGUGACUGUUCGCAAAGUACAGUUCCCUAUGUUACAGGUUUUGAGAUGGAUUCCUAUGGGGAAAAUGUGAUAAAUAGCUGUACGGAUUGAAGUUAAGAGAGCGAGUUUGCAAUAACAUUAAAAGAAUAACUAAAAUUGCAUUGUCAGAAAUAAAUCAUUCAAGGAAAAAUAUCCAGCAGCUGUGAAAAAAGGCUGAAUGAUGAUAUCUACAUGCAAUUUUGUGCUGUACUCAGGAAAACAUCGAAUGAAUUGUCUAAUUAGUGUUUCAGGCACUUUUGCACAAAUACACUCAGGGACUCUUUAACUGAAAUCUAAAUCUAAUUAGUGUACAUAGACAUACAUUAUUUCAAAAUGAAGAGAUCAUUUUUGUACAUCUAAUUCAAAAGAAUAAUUGGAAACAGGUUUAGUAUAUUUAAGGCAGGAAAAAUGCAUUUCGUAGGAGCAUGAUCAGAUGACACCUCAUGUGUUCACAUAGGAGAGGCACGAUCAUAUGAGGUUACACCUCAUGUGUUCACAUAGAAGAGGUAUUCAGAUGAAGAUAGGCCUCUUAGGUUCACUUAAGAGAGUUUUUUUUUAGAUGAGGUUACACUAAGACUGUUUACACAGGAAAGGUAUUCAGUUAAGGUUAGUUUUUCUGAAGAUGUAACUUCUCGUUUGUUAACAAAUGAGAGGUAUCAGACGAGGUUACCGCUGGUCUUUUCAUACAGGAGAUUAAAUCAGAUGAAGACAGGCCUCGUAUGUUCACAUGGAAGAGGUAUUCAGAUGAGGUUACACUUAGAUUGUUUACAUAGGAAAGUGUCCAGUUGAGGUUAGUUGUUCUGUAGAUGAAACAUCUCUUCUGUUCGCAAGGGAAUGGUAUCAGAUGAGUUUACCCCUCGUCUUCUCACAAAGGACUGGAGAGGUAUUCAGAUUAGGUUAGUUAUUCAGAUGAGGUUAUUUAUUUAGAUGAGGUUAGUUAUUUAGAUGAGGUAAGAUAGACUGUACGAUGAUUCAGAUGAGAAAUUCACAUGUUAGAGGUAAUAUCUCAAAUCAGAUGUAUUCAGAUGAGAUUUGUUAUGAAGAUGAGAUUACACCUUGUCUGUUCACACAAGAAAGAUAUUCAGAUGUUAGUUUUUAUGCUUAGGUAACAUCUCACAACAGAUAUACUCAGAUGAGAUUUGUUAUUAAUUAAGAUGGGGUUACUUUUUGUCUGUCCACAUAGGAGAAGUAUUCAGGUUCAAUUAUACCUCAUCAUAUGAUCAUUUUGCAUUUGACAUUUGAUUUAUGUUUGUAAAUGCACGAGUUUGGUACUCAGAAGAAAAUAAAAAUGAACAGAGUUUCUUUUCAAAAAAAUUAAUUUCAAAUUUUAUCGUGUUAUUUCACGAUACAGUAUGGAAAUAUUCAAAUAGUUAGAUAAAUACAACUUUUUUAACAACUUGGUAAGUAUAUUUUAAUAAAACUUAUGAAAAU